UCUCUAAGGUGCCACAAGUACUCCUUUUCUUUUUAAGAAAAUAUGGGUAAUUCCUCUGUUUUGCCUGCAAUUAACAAGGGUAUUUUUAUAAAAAGGAAAUAUUUUAAGCAAUGACUGACUGCCCAGAAGGGGUAGAUCUAUGUUCUUUUUGUCUUUCAGAAAAUCAGAGAAAACUGAUGCCAGAUGAAAAGCAAUUCAACAUAUCAUGAAUUUACUGGCAUAAUAGGAAUUCUGUUCUGUGUUCUAUGUCCUGUCUUGUGGUAUUUGUCUUGUGGCCAGAAUUGCUGUGUUUAAUUUUUCAUAGGACAGUUUAGUUUAAAACUAAAUAGAAGGGUUAAAUUAAAAUGCAGAUACUUGUUUUAUUCAACUUGGAAUACAAAGUGUUUGGAUAAUAUCAGGAAAAUGUAAUAUACUAAAGUUUAAUACAUUUGCUUAAGAAAGAAAAAUAAAUUUCAUUGGCCAGAUCUUUUAAUUGAAAAAAAAUUGUUAAAAUUCACACACCAACAGUCUUUGGAAGCAAGGACAUGAAAGGUUAACCCACUCCCCAUAUUAUACAUGGGAUCCUUCUGGCUACCUCAAAUUGCUAGCCAGAGGGCUGGGGAGGGAGGAAAGCUAUUGGACACCAGAGGUUGUACCAAGUGGACUCCUCAAAAGUGGGUGUGCUUGUCCUGGCUUGUUGCUCCAAAGCUCCGUAAUAAAGUCAUUUUACUAGAAGGGUGUAUCUGCCAUACAUUGAACAAUAAGACUAGAGUGCUGUAUAAUGGGCAAUGUAUAUGUGUUCAUUUUUGAACAAAGGUGUGUGAGUGGAAAGUGAAAGUUUCCUUUGCAGGUUAAUAAAAGCCAAGAAGGGGAGAAGAAAAAGAACGGAGGAUGAGCUAAUUCAACGCUGUAGCUGGGAGGCUCGGUCCAAAGAUAAGAUGCUGGCCUGCCCAAGGACACCACUCACAGCUAGGAUUUGGCUGACAGCCAAGAAAGAAGGGAGCUUGAAUGUGCCCAAGCAGCUGUGAGAUCUGCAAAACACUGCCAGACAUUAAUGAAAUGUGUUAGGUCUCUGUAUUUACAGGUGAAAGAAGUCCUGCUCCAAGGAUCCUGAGCAAACCUGCCAUUUGUUAAAACCAGGUGACUGGGUCUACAUAAAGGUCCAUCAACGAAGACUACUCUGGCCCCAUGCUGGAAAGGCCCUUAUUAAGUCCUGCUAACUACCCACACUGCUGUGAAGUGCCAAGGACUGACUGCCUGGACCCAUGCUUCUUACUGCAAAACGACCCCCCCACCUCAAGAUGACUUCACUUCGACUACUGAUCAGCCUGUCCCUCCUUCUGGGUUUUUGUCUUUCCUCCUUUUGGACAGCAGGGGAAAGGACAAGGUGAAGUGCCAGGCCCUACGCUACCAGCACUCCCAGCUACCUUCGAGACACCACUGACUUCCUGAGGAAACUACAAUCCAUCGGUGAUCUUCCUGAUAACACCAUCCUGGCCACUAUGGAUGUAGAAGCCCUCUACACCAACAUUCCACACAAAGAUGGACUACAAGCCGUCAAGAACACUAUCCCCGAUAAUGUCAUGGCUAACCUGGUGGCUGAACUUUGUGACUUUGUCCUUACCCAUAACUAUUUUACAUUUGGGGACAAUGUAUACCUUCAGAUCAGCAGCACUGCCAUGGGUACCCGCAUGGCCCCACAGUAUGCCAACAUUUUUAUGGCUGACUUAGAACAAUGCUUCCUCAGCUCUUGUCCCCUAACGCCCCUACUCUACUUGCGCUAUAUUGAUGACAUCUUCAUCAUCUGGACCCAUGGAACAGAAGCCCUUGAGGAAUUCCACCAUGAUUUCAACAAUUUCCAUCCCACCAUCAACUUCAGCCUGGUCCAGUCCAUACAAGAGAUCCACUUCCUGGACACUACAGUGCUAAUAAACGAUGGUCACAUAAACACCACCCUAUACCAGAAACCUACUGACCGCUAUUCCUACCUACAUGCCUCCAGCUUUCACCCUGACCACACUACACGAUCCAUCGUCUACAGCCAAGCUCUGCGAUAUAACCGCAUUUGCUCCAACCCCUCAGACAGAGACAAACACCUACAAGAUCUCUAUCAAGCAUUCUUACAACUACAAUACCCACCUGCGGAAGUGAAGAAACAGAUUGAUAGAGCCAGAAGAGUUCCCAGAAGUCACCUAAAACAGGACAGGCCUAACAAAGAAAAUAACAGAACGCCACUAGCUGUCACCUUCAGCCCCCAACUAAAACCCCUCCAACGUAUUAUUAGGGAUCUACAACCUACCCUGAAGGAUGACCCAACACUCUCACAAAUCUUGGGAGACAGGCCAGUCCUUGCCUACAGACAGCCCCCCAACCUGAAGCAAAUACUCACCAGCAACCACAUACCACACAACAGAACCACUAACCCAGGAACCUAUCCUUGCAACAAAGCCUGUUGCCAACUGUGCCCACGUAUCUAUUCAGGGGACACCAUCGCAGGGCCUAAUAACAUCAGCCACACUAUCAGAGGCUCGUUCACCUGCACAUCCACCAAUGUGAUAUAUGCCAUCAUGUGCCAGCAAUGCCCCUCUGCCAUGUACAUUGGUCAAAUUGGACAGUCUCUACGUAAAAGAAUAAAUGGACACAAAUCAGAUGUCAAGAAUUAUAACAUUCAUAAACCAGUCGGAGAACACUUCAAUCUCUCUGGUCACGCGAUUACAGACAUGAAAGUUGCUAUAUUACAACAAAAAAACUUCAAAUCCAGACUCCAGCGAGAAACUGUUGAAUUGGAAUUCAUUUGCAAAUUGGAUACAAUUAACUUGGGCUUGAAUAGAGACUGGGAGUGGCUAAGUCAUUAUGCAAGAGCUAACCUGUAUUGCACUGCUAGGGAACCUGACCUGGAAAAAGGUUCCCCAGAAGCAGACAGCGUCGGACUUUGAGGGAGCUACGCACUUUCACCCCACUGUAAACCAGGUGAAUCAGAAGCAGACGACAUCUGUGCUCAAGACAAAUGGACUGCCACCCCUUUGGGCGACCUGAAGCUCUGGCUGCAGCUAAAAAAACCUUGAAUUGGUGGUGUCCUCUCAGGGAAGGAUGGCCCCGUUCUCUAAGCUGGGUUCUUGUAUUGUUGAUCUGUAGGGGGGGUUGGGACUAUAGAAUCACACAGUUCUAACACAUUUAUAUGUCUUGCCCAUGAAAUGAAAUCUCGUAUGCCAGACUUACAAAACACUUCAUGCUGGGUGUGCUCAUUAAUACCAGCACAUAGCCAAAAAGUUCUUCCCAUGGUUCCUAUUCCCCUUAGUGCAAUGAAUAUGACCUGGACUCCGUCCUGAAAGAAUUCUUCAGGCAAUUGAAAUAUUACCUGGGCUGAUACCGGCAUCUCUGAAAGCAGGUAUCUAAUAGUUUGGAAACGAGUUGGUCAAUGGUGCCUCUUAAGAGAAGGGAAAAUAGCUUUGGGUAAUAGUGAGUGCACAGCCUACUUUAAUGGCACUCAUUUUGGGAGUAAAAGAGGUCCUAAUAUCUCUCUCCUGGAUGGGGCAACCUCUUGCACCUCCGCAUGGUAUAGAUUCACGGGUAACAAGUGCAGUCUGCAUGGGGAAAAACAUUUUUUGUAUAAAGAUCAUAAGUUGAUUGAGCAUUACGUUAUAAAUUGAAUGCUUGGGUAUAACCUGCCAACUCAUACUUUGUGUUUAUGUUCCUCUAACGCCUCCGCGGCUAAAUUCUCCCUCCUCCCAUCUUGGACCGGAUGGUACGAACGUAUUAAUAAUACCUGGUCCAAAGUCACUCCUACCCUUUUUGGAGUAUACUGGGUGUGUGGUAACAAGGCAUACUUAGCCCUCCCUCCUUCAUGGAGUGGAUCCUGCUACUUGGCUUGGUUAGAACCACCUGUAGUAUAUCGCACACGUCACCCUAAAGGGAAAAUCAGAAAUGUAAGAGGGGCUGAGGAAGAUGCAAAUGACUCUCGCCCCCUUACUUGGUGUGCCCUCAAUGACUGGACGGGUGCUUGUGCAGGAUUUGUCUUCGCCUGUGGAGGUGCCACUUGAGUAUUGGGGAAGGAGUCAUGAGACUUCAGGGAGUGUUGGAGAUGAUGGCAAAUACUACUACCGAUGCCUUGGUAGACUUGGCAACCGAACAAAAAAACCUAAGGCAGAUGGUUCUUCAAAACCACUUGGCAUUAGAUAUUUUGCUGGCCUCUCAAGGAGGAACAUGUGCAUUAAUUGGGCAAGAAUGCUGUGUAUAUGUUCCGGAUGUUUAAACGCCACCUGGGAAAGAGCAAACCACCUUAUGCAAGUUGCAAAAGACCAUGGAGGAGAGCAAGUCAACUCAUGGUGGGGCAAUUUGUUCAGUUGGGUUCCAGAUAUAGGUGGCUGGUUACAUAACUUGCUUCGCAGUGCCGUUGUAAUUGUUUGUGGCCUAAUAGUUUUGUAUGUUAUGUUAAGAUGUGGCUGUUGGCUAGGUACCAAGCUGUGCCCUACCAACCAGUGAUUGGUACCCAGUCACUACCUACAGAGGCCAGUAUGUCCCAAGAGUUCCCCUAUGGCACUCUGGGGACAAAGGGGGGAUUGUUAGGUGUGAAAAGCUAAACAGGAGGCAGUUAUGCCAACCGAACCAAAGUCAGGCUAAGAGAGGCUCCUGGGAAAGUCUCUGAAAGUAGAAUGAAGGAAUAUGUGUUUAAGUUACAGAGAGUGAGAAAAACGGGGAGACCUGCAUUCCUGCAUUUUUGUACCAGAUGUGCUGGGAACAGUCCUUGAGAUAAAGAGGCGCUGUUUUCCACUCCCUGCUCUUGUGUUAUGUCUGUUUUAACUCCUCGUCUCCUGGUUGACACCCAUACCGAUAAGAAAGUUACUGAAGCACUACGAUUUGCUAAAAGUUAUCUACAAUAAGGUGGGUAGAUGUGCAUGCAUAUAGAGAAAGAGGAUUUUAACUAAUAUGGGGGGGGCUGCUUUAUGAAUAAAUCUGUGACGCGAUGGGACUGUCUAUAAAAACCUAUGAGUUUUACUUAGAGGCUGGCUGGUUCUCUUUGGAGACGGGCCGCUCUCUAUUGU